AUGCCCACCAGCGCAUCCGCUGACUCCAACACUGCUGCUCAGAGCUCAGCAGCUACUACUUCCAAGCACAACACUCACCGCCUCUCUCGCCACCAUCCAGCCGCUGGCGAGUCAUCCGACGCUGAAACCGAGCCUCUGCCUUACGACGACGACGAAGAGGACGACGACAGUCAGCACGACGCCGCAGUCAUGAACUCCGACGAGCUCGCUCGACACACUGCCGCUGCAGCUGAGGCACUCGGCGGCAUGGCUGAUACUGAAGCUGAUGCACCAGGCGAGCUAGACGUCCUCUCCAUCGAGCAUUCCCACCAUGGCUAUCCAGGUUCAGCACAUGCGCAACAAGAGCACUCUGAUGAUGAUGAUGAUGAUGAUGACGCCGAUGGUCACCAUCUCCUUCCCGCUUCUCAGCUCAUUGCCAACCACAAUCCCAACUCCAACAUGAGCUCUCCGCAAAAAACCGGUGGUUUUACCGGUGACGAGUUCAGCGACGAGAGCGAGCUCACAGACGAAGACGAGGAUCAAAACCAAGACGAAGACGGCUCCUCACUCUCAGACGACGACCUCGGCGGAUCUGACGAUGAAGAAGAGGAAGAAGACGACGAUGACGACGACGACGACAACGACGAUCCAGAUAGCAACACACACGAAGAUGAAGCUGCUCAAGCACUUGCAGCGCUCACUGCUGGUACUGAUGGCGGCGCCGGUGAUGAUGCCUCUGCCACAGCAGGUGGGCUUGAUGCGCUCGCCGCGCUCGCUACCGCCGGCGAAACAGCCGACCACCACGGCCACGACGACCAAGAGGAUGAAGAGGACGAUGCAUCCCAACAAGACGGUGAUGAUGUAGAUGCUCACGCUCAGCGAGGCUCUUCGCUUGACCACAUUGGCAAGCCCGGUCGACUACAGCAACUCUGUCAAAAAGCCGAUGGCGACGAUAUGAGUUCCGACAUCACACCCGAACCUGAAGAGCAUGGCGAAGCAGACGGUGCAGCAGGUGCCGAUGAUGCUUACGAUGCACAAGACGGCCGAUCACCUCGCACUACCGACCUCGAUCUCAUUGCAUCCAUGAAGAAGCGCGCAGCAGCCACCGGUGGCGCUACGAGUUUACUCGAACCCGAGCAGCUUGUUGACAGCCUUCCCGGUUCCGCCGCUUCUUCUCGAGCCGCUUCACCACUUGGCGAUGAAGACCAAGACGCCGACAAGCCCAAGAUGGCCGUAGACCGAGAAGCAGGCAUCGACGCAACAGUAGCCCAAGCCGAACAAGCUCAAGCCGAACAAGCCCAAGCCGAACACCUCGACACUGCUGCUGGCACUCCAGCCCCUGACACAGCCGAACACGACGAAGACACUUCUACAGACGAAGCUGCCAUCCGACGUCAAGAAGCCAUGGAAGCCCUCACCAAGAUCGAGAUCGGCUUUGCUAUGCUUCGCGACCGACUCUACGUCGAGCGACUGCAAGAGAUCUCCAAGGAGGGUCAGAUGAUUCUGGAUGGUACCCAUCCCGAGCUUCUUCACUUGACAAAAGCGAUUGAGAUGCGUCGCCAGCGUCGAACUCAGCUCGUGGAAAUGCGGUUUGAGCAGCAAGAGCAGCAGUACCAACGCGUUGCAAAGGCAGAAGAGUUUGCUGCAUGGAGCAUCUGGCGUUCAAGCUGUGCUAGUUUGCGGCGCGAUAUGAUGGAUGAGUUCAGUCGCAAGCGUAGGAGGCUCGAUAGGGAGAAGAGAACGCUGGAUGCACCGAGACCAGCGAGGAAGCAUCAGAUCUUUGAAACCGAGCUGGUCAGGAAUCCUGAUCGAUUGCAUAUUCCCCUCCAAAGCUCUGCUCAGAUCAUGGACGACGCCGAGAAUGGCAGGCCGGGGAGGAAGGGAGCGGCCAAGCGGAAAGCGAUGGCAUCCAGGGAGAUCGAUGCAGGUGACCAGUUCGUUGCGUAUCCUGAUCUCAAGGGGCUCGCGGAGGCGGAUGUGAUGACGGAUAUCGAGCAGAUGGGCAUUCGACCUGUAGGUGUUCCACCAGGGAUGUAUGAUCCGUUCUAUGGUGCGCCCCUUGAGUUGGAGUUCCAAAAUCCGGAUAUGUAUGCGAUGUACGGUCCUGAAGCAGCAGCGGCUGCACAAGCUGCGCAGAUCAACGGUGGCUUCCCAUACGGUCUUGCACCAGGCGCGAGGGGAAUGCCACCACCUCCACCAGGCGCGAUGAUGGGUCCCCGUACACCGCAGCGUCAUGGCAUGCAUCUGCUACCACCUCCUCCUCCACCAGGCAUGAUGCAUGCAGGAAUGGAAGGUAUGAUGGGAUUCGAUCCAUAUGCGGCUGCUGAGAUGGAACGCGCUGCGAGGAUGCAUCACCGUGAACAGCAGGCUAGGAUGGAAGCGGAAGGGAUGAAUCAUAGAAGCUCGCCUUUCCCUCCUGAUAUGUACCCGCCCUACCCACCGCAGCAGCAUUUCAUGCCUGGACCGCCAAUGCCAAGUGCUGGGGGAAGGGGUGGGAUGCAGAUGCCACCUAGCCCGACACCACCUCGCCGCAGCAGUGGGAGUGGGAGAAAGGAUAGAGCGAGUGUAGAUGAAGGUGUGCAUGUUAGUGGACGUGGUAGAGGACAAGCAAAGUCGACCGGUGGAAGGAGUAAACAAGCGCGUUCUAGUCAAGGUGCUCCACCAGUCUCUCCGCAGCAUUCGAAGCCGCCUUCUAAUGUAGCAGGUGGAGGUCAGUCGGGCAAGCCUAACCUUCCACCACCGCCAUCAUUGAUGGAAGAGAGGGAGAGAGACCAUAAAGUGCUCAGCAUUGGUGCUGCACCAAAACCACCGAAGCAGAGUCCGACUGGAUUUGUCGGUCAGCAACCUUCAGCACCGAUCAAGUCUACUUGCAAGUCUGGCGGCCGAUCUCCAGCAGCAACACCAGUAGCAGUGGCUUCGUCGAUGGGAGCAGGAAACGCAAGGUUGUACCCUCCUUCGAAUCAGGUUGCUGCUGCGGCUGGUGCUGGGGGGUCUGGUUCAGCCAAGUGA